CUUUUCAUGUGUGAGGAGUAUCCAUGUACUGUUCUAUCAGCGGAAUUUCUGUGCCUAACAGAACGAAGAAACUCGUCAUUAGACAGUACCCCCAGCCAAAAUGGCGCUAUGUUUACGUCUCAGUUUAAUCCUUUAUUGCACUUAAUAAAAUCUAUGGCGAAAUGCGGUGAUUUUAUCGCUUGGAAAAGAACCCGAGGACCAGUUUAACCGAGCUGCAACAUAAUUCGUGGUAAGAUUUAAAGCUGUAAGGAUGCAGGCUGUAGCCGCUGACUCUGCCCUUAGAGAGGGCAUUGAGGCCAUGGGCGUGACGGACUCAGAGAAACCUGCUGCAGGCCAAGAGGAGGAGAGCACAGCGGAGCACAAGGACACAGAGAUGACAGCUGCCACAGAGGAGGAAGACUCUGCUGCAAAGGAGGAAGCAGAUGGGAACAUAGAUGCAGCUGAAGGAGAGACGCAGAAAGGUGAAAGUCAAGCUGAGACCGGAGGGGACGCUGAGGAGGGGAAGCAGGCUGCGGUGGCGGACGACGAUUGGGAACUUCCGUACAGCGAUGAGGAAAUGGAGGACCCCAAAAAGUGGAUGCCCGCUCCGGCUGAGAUCAAAAGACUCUAUGAGGUUCUUGCUAAAGGGGAGAUGCUGGAGCUGAACUUUGUGCCCCUCCCCAGAAGGCCCCCAACACCUGAACGCACCCCUUCGCCUGAGAGGAACGACGAGGAAGAAGCGGCAAAGGAAAGGGAGAGGCUGGAGAGGGAACGGAAGCCUCCAACUCCAACUGAAUUCGACUUUGAUGAGGAACAAAUGCAAAGCACACCGAAAAACGCCUUCCUGAACAGACGCAGAACACCAGGGUCUUCUGCACGCUCCUCCGUUAAGCGAGAAGCUCGCCUGGACAAGGUCCUGUCGGACAUGAAGCGCCACCGGAAAAUCGAGGAGCACAUUUUGCGCACGGGGCGGGACCUCUUCAAGAGCGAGAAGAAGCCGGAGAAGGCCCUUUCCCCGAACAGCCAGAAGGAGCGAGAGAAGGAGAGGGAAAGAGACAGCAACCCCAACACCAUCUUCUCCCCGAGACAGAGGAGAUACUGAUGAAGAUGUGCCCAAAGGACAACAGGACCGAGAGCUUCUCAGGAAACUGAAUCAUUUCUAAUGUAAAAAGUUUUGUAUGUUUUUUGUGUUUUGUAUGACGAGAAUAAACAUUUUAAACUAAAA